GGAACAUAACCGCAAACACCUCCCCCAAAAUCUGACCUCUCAAUUCAAUUUUUCCGGUUGGGGCUAGGGUUUUGAUUCUUCAUCUUCGACGGUACAAAUUCGAAUCAAUUUUUUUGAAGUUUGAGCUUCCAGACCAGCGAACAUGGCGACUGCUUCAGGGUCAUUCAAAUCUAGGGAAGACCAUCGUAAGCAAAUGGAAUUGGAAGAAGCGCGUAAAGCUGGGCUUGCGCCAGCUGAACUGGACGAGGAUGGAAAGGAGAUUAAUCCUCAUAUUCCCCAAUAUAUGUCAUCUGCGCCUUGGUAUCUCAAACACGAGAGGCCUAGCUUGAAACAUCAAAGGAAAUGGAAAUCAGAUCCAAAUUACACAACAUCAUGGUAUGACAGAGGUGCAAAGAUAUUCCAGGCUGAUAAAUAUAGGAAGGGUGCAUGUGAGAACUGUGGUGCCAGUACACACGACUCAAAGUCAUGCAUGGAUAGGCCCAGGAAAGUGGGAGCAAAGUGGACAAACACGCACAUUGCUCCUGAUGAAAAGAUAGAGACUUUUGAGCUUGACUAUGAUGGAAAACGGGACCGCUGGAAUGGAUAUGAUGCAACGAGCUAUGCUUUGGUUGUUGAAAGAUAUGAAUCAAGAGAUGAAGCUCGAAAGAAAUUCUUAAAGGAACAGCAACUAAAGAAGUUAGAGGAGAAAAAUAAUAACCCAAAUGGUGAGGAUAAGGUUAGUGAUGUGGAUGAAGAUGAGGAUGAGGAUGAGGAUGAGGAUGAUUUGAGGGUAGAUGAAGCCAAGGUUGAUGAAAGCAAACAAAUGGACUUUGCAAAGGUUGAGAAGCGUGUACGUACAACUGGUGGUGGAAGCACAGGAACUGUCAGGAAUUUGCGUAUUCGCGAGGAUACUGCAAAAUAUCUCUUAAACCUUGAUGUCAACUCUGCACAUUAUGACCCCAAAACCCGAUCCAUGCGUGAAGACCCUCUUCCAGAUGCUGAUCCGAAUGAGAAGUUUUACGGGGGUGAUAAUCGAUAUAGAAAUAGUGGUCAAGCCAUGGAGUUCAAGGAGCUCAAUAUCCAUGCUUGGGAAGCAUUUGAGAAGGGACAAGAUAUCCACAUGCAAGCGGCGCCAUCCCAAGCUGAGUUGCUGUAUAAGAAUUAUCAGGUGAUCAAGGAUAAUUUGAAGUCAAAAACAAAGGACACUGUUCUGGAGAAGUAUGGCAAUGCAGCUAAUGAAGAAGAAUUUCCUAGGGAGCUUCUACUGGGACAAAGUGAAAGAGAAGUUGAAUAUGAUCGCGCUGGGAGAAUCAUAAAGGGCCAGGAUAUAGCACUUCCCAGAAGCAAGUAUGAAGAAGAUGUCUAUGUCAAUAACCACACCACUGUAUGGGGUUCGUGGUGGAAGGAUCAUCAAUGGGGCUACAGGUGUUGUAAGCAGGUUACUCGUAAUAGCUAUUGCACAGGCACUGCUGGAAUUGAGGCUGCUGAGGCUGCAACUGAUCUUAUGAAGGCUAACAUUGCUCGCAAAGAGGCCAAUGGUGAUAUGCCUGCACCAGUGGAGGAGAAAAGACCCGCUACUUGGGGAACUGAUAUACCAGAUGAUUUGGUUUUAGAUGAGAAAUUACUUGCUGAAGCUCUUAAAAAGGAGGAUGGAAGAAAGAGAGAAGAGAGAGAUGAGAGGAAGCGUAAAUACAAUGUUAAAUGGAAUGAUGAUGUUACUGCAGAGGACAUGGAGGCUUAUAGGAUGAAGAAAGUCCACCAUGAUGAUCCAAUGAAGGACUUUCUCAACUAAGUUGAGACAUGGCACGUACUUCUGAUGGAGCCCUUUCCUCAAAACACUUUCGAGGCUGUCAACGUGAUGCACUGGCGUGGCUGUUAUACCGCAGUUCUGCAAGCCUAUUUCUUGAAUUUGUUCAGUUGUGGCAGAACACAGCUGAGUUUGACCCUCCGUCUUUAAUUUCUGACCUAUCGAGUGUGAUUGCUGUAAGCUAUUACAUGAGCUACCCUGUGGUUGAGCCAUGAGGUUGAAGGGGGCCGGAAUGCCGAUAAGCGGUUACCCGUUUAAAUUGUCGUUUACCUUGUACUCGAGUGUCAUGUGGAAUUUACCUAUUAUGUUGUUCUUGUUCUGAUGCUCAUCAAUUAAGGCUGGUUUGGGUUGGUUCAAA